UGAGAAUGAUGAGAUAGAGAGAUGCAGAAAUGAUGAGUACAGACGACAGGUGUCAUGUCGUGGAUGUGCAUGUCUUUUCGUAGUUCCUCCAUUACAUUACAACUGGACUUGCAAAUUAAUAUAUUACUAAUAUUCAUGAACAGAUGUUAGCUAGUUUCAAAGUUUUGAGUUAGAGAUACCGUCCGUCCGUCAAUGGAGUCCGGUGGUGAGGAUCAGGUUGACAACUACGAUGAGAAGCAAGUGGUACCACCACCACCACCCACCUUCCCCAACCCAUUGAUCAAUUUUGCGACUAAGCUCCUCUCUCUUCAAGCCGAUAUCUUCCUUUCCCCUUUCGACUUCUUCUUCCACAGUGAACCCAAAGACCACCACUUCCACUUCCAGCCGUCUGCCCCACCGCCAUCUUCCACGGCUGCUCGCCUCCUGCUAGGGAGGAGGAUUGCUAUGGGUCUGCUGGCGGCUGCCUAUGUGUGCGUCUUGCUCAUGCUAGUGAUGGUUGUGGCUGCGGUUUUGGGUUUUGGAUUGGUGGGUGCGUGGGCGGAGGAGCCUAUUUAUGUGAGAGAGAGUUUGCACUUUGACUACACAAAUCCUCAUCCAACUUCUCUCUUUUCUUUUGAUCCUUAUAAUUACAAUUAUAAUUACCAAGGAGUUCCUGUUGGCCACACUCUUUAUGUUUCUCUCCUUCUUCUCAUGCCUGAAUCAGAUUACAACAGAGACCUUGGCAUUUUUCAGUUGAGUGCUGAAUUAUUGUCCGUUGGAGGAGAGUUAGUCGCAAAAUCGAGCCAUCCUUGUAUGUUGCGGUUCAGAAGUUGGCCCGUCAGGCUAACUCGAACAUUUCUUAUGGGUGUACCCUUGUUGUUAGGGAUGACCACCGAAACUCAGAGGUUAACAUUCCCAAUUCUGAAACACAAAGAAACUAGCUAUCCAAGGACAGCGGAUGUCCGGAUAACCUUAAUUCCACGAGCUGGUACUUCAUCACUCCCUCAGUUUUACGAUGCACAAGUGCUCAUAAGAUCAAGACCUCCUUGGACCAAAGAAUUGGUGUACAAGUGGAAAUGGACAUUCUCCGUUUGGACAACAAUGCAAAUAUUUAUCUUUCUUGUUAUCACACUUGUUUUCUUCCUAAAGCCUCUUAUAUUUCCUGUCAUGGCAUUUCCUUUUGGGAAGCUGGAACAAGAUGAUUCAUAUUCAUCAGCUGUCGACUCAGAUCAAGAGGCCUUGGGUACAAGGAGAGAUGAGAGAGAGGUGUCGGAGUCUCUGAGGCGAUGGCAGCGGAGUAGAAGUAAAAGAAAGGCCGCCCUUCUUCACAGGGUAGUGCCGCCCGAGACUAGUGGUGGUUCGUCUGCUUCUAGCAUGACUGUUACUCAGGGUCUUGAUUUUGAAGAGGGCAGUGGAGAUUCUGAAUCUGUGUGUUACAGAUGAUGACUCUGAUAUACAUAUUUGCUCUCUUUACUUUUUCUAGCAACAUUCUGCUGUAGAGACUAGGAUAGUUUUGCGCUAUAUAUGUACUAUAGGAUAGUUUCGCGUUAGCAUCCCUACUUCUGCGUUAUAUAUGUACGUACAUGUUUUCU